AUGGACCCUGUGGAUCAGCAACUGUUCAUGGGCGCAUUGGACUGGCCCUCAACAAUGUUCCUUUCCGGGGUGAGAUACGACCUUUUUGCUCGUGGAUAUUGGAACGGAAAUCACUAUUGGUGUAAGGUCGUCAAGGGGGUCGGCGGUAUGGUUGGUGUGUGGCUUCACAACGAUCGGGCAAAUGAUGGGUACGCUCGACUGGUCAGUCCAGACCCAAGUCAGCUUGGUGGACCUUCUCCGAACACAAGCUGGCUGAUGUACUCUUGUGGCUGGACCCCUAGCGAGAAGGACCAUGUGGAUAAAAUGAUGACUCAAAUCAAUAAAGAUUAUCCACAUGCAACCGGUCAUUCACCCUUUGCAAGUCUCUCUACAAUGCUGGAGUCUUUCAACAAGGACUCUGCAGUUUUGGAUACACAAAUGCCUGACCAUUCCGCCAACGAUUCGAUCGCAACAGAGCUAUUGAAGAUGGCUCCGAUGAAAUUUCAAGAAACGAAUCAUCAAACGAAACCAAACCUGAAGUUGAAAAUCAGGAUGAACGGGCCAUCCUCGUGCGCCGCACCCCCCCAUAAAGUGGCUCAGGAUGAAAAGGGGCCAGUGGGACCUUCUGAACGGCCCAAGAUUGAUGCUGCUCGCCGGAGCAAGCGGGAAGUGUUUUGCAUGGGGCAAUUUUACAAAUUUGGGCCUCGUAAUGCCAAAGCCUUGUGA